GAUGACGAGAUGGAACAGAGUAUGGAGAUGGGGGCUGAUGAAUUUUUGGCUGUCAAUCCGAAAGAUAAACUCGCCACAUCUUGGGGCAAAAUUAAGAAACUUCGCUAACUGAAACGAGGCGGCAAUUUUUGUCGCCUCUUUCUUUAUGGAAAAGCCCGCGAAACCCAGACACCAUGGAAAAUUACGAAUCCGUCCUAAAACGCCUUGAAAAAACAGCAAAACACUAUACCAACAUCGCGCCGGAAAAUGGGCAAUUUCUCUCCAUCCUCAUCCAUGCCAUUCAGGCGCGAAAUGUGCUUGAAGUCGGAACAAGCAACGGCUAUUCCACAAUCUGGCUUGCUGCCGCACUGAAAGAGACGGGGGGUAGGCUCAUCACCCUUGAGUUUGAUCGGAAACGGGCAGAAGAAGCGCAGGCGCAUCUUCAGGAAGUCGGGUUAGACAGUAUCGUCGAAAUGCGUGUCGGAAAUGCACUCGACGAAAUACCGAAAUGCGAUGCUAUCUUUGAUCUUGUAUUCCUUGACGCGGAGAAAAAUGAAUAUCGACGCUAUCUCGAAUUGGCGUUGCCUAACAUCCGUCCUGGUGGUCUGAUUGUCGCUGAUGAUACCGUAACAAUGCGCGAUGAAAUGCCUGACUAUGUUGAAUUCGUCUUUAGCACACCGAGACUACACUCUGUUGACAUUCCUUUAGACGACGGCAUUAUUUUGAGUUAUAAAACCGAGGUAUAGGUGUUGAUAGUGUAUUAAUAUUGAUGAAGAGGUAACCAAGAUUUCCGUUCAAUCUAAACUCUCAGACAAAUCCACCCGUUUCACCGAAUCCGUCAUCCGCGGCAUGACGCAACUCUGCCUGCGCUAUGAUGCAAUCAAUCUCUCCCAAGGCACGCCAGCGUAUCAACCCCCUCCAGAAGUCAAAGCCGCAGCGAUUGAAGCAAUCCAAGACGGAUAUAAUCAGUACAGUAUUACAUGGGGGGCACCGGCGUUUCGUGAAGCAAUCGCUCAUAAAAUGACGGCCUUUAACUGCAUCCCCACUGAUUCCGACAGAAACGUCACUGUCACCUGCGGUUCAACCGAAGGUAUGCUCUCCUCGCUUCUCGCGAUCAUCAAUCCCGGCGACGAGAUUAUCAUUUUUGAACCCUUUUAUGAGAACUACGGACCGGAUACCAUCAUCUCUGGUGCAA